AUGUAUUUCAAUCUGAAGGACGACCCACCUAUGAAAAAAUCCUCCGCAAAUGUGUCGAGCUGAGCCACAACAGGUGGCGACAGAAGAAAUUGUUGGGAAAUCGUUCAGUCACCAGCCAUUUAAAUGAACAAACAAUAGUCUACUGAAUGAUGUAAAUUGACUCGAGUAAUUCGUAACUCUUUUUAAUUAAGUAUCUAUUAAGCACCUAUUAAACGUUACAUUAUAUACAGUAAAUAUACAGCUUUUGUCUAAUUAUUUUAAAAGCGACAUUUUGACUUCCGUUUUUUGUUUAUCUAAUGUUCAUUAAUUUUUUCAAAAAAGUCUUUAUAACUUAUUAUCUAACAAAAC